GCCGACCCAUUGUGAACGAGAUACAGACACCAGCCUUAAACGCCCGGUUAGAGCUGAAUAUAUUCACCAUGGCGAACUCUCUGUCGGCUCUCUACAAAUAUGCCAUACCGGCUGCCGUCGGCGUCUCCUUUGUCCAAGCCUCAAUGUACGAUGUGAAGGGAGGAUACCGCGCAGUUAUCUUUGACAGACUCACUGGUGUGAAGGAAAAGGUUGUCAACGAGGGAACACAUUUCCUUAUUCCAUGGCUACAGAAGAGCAUUAUCUACGAUGUCAGGACGAAGCCCAGGAACAUCUCUACAACGACCGGAAGUAAGGAUUUGCAGAUGGUCAGCCUGACACUCAGAGUGCUCCAUAGGCCUGAGGUUCAAAAGCUACCUGCUAUCUAUCAGCAACUUGGACAAGACUACGAUGAGAGGGUUCUUCCAUCCAUCGGAAACGAAGUUCUUAAGUCCAUCGUCGCACAAUUCGAUGCCGCAGAGCUGAUCACACAGCGAGAAGCUGUGUCAAACCGCAUUCGUACCGACCUUCUUCGACGUGCCAAGGAGUUCAACAUUGCCCUGGAGGACGUCUCCAUCACCCAUAUGACUUUUGGCCGUGAAUUUACCAAGGCCGUUGAGCAGAAGCAGAUUGCACAGCAAGAUGCCGAAAGAGCCCGCUUCAUCGUCGAGCGAGCUGAGCAGGAGAGACAAGCCAACGUUAUACGUGCCGAGGGAGAGGCAGAGAGUGCCGAUAUCAUCAGCAAGGCCGUUGCUAAAGCCGGUGACGGUCUGAUCCAAAUCCGAAGAAUCGAAGCCAGCAGAGAUAUUGCGCAGACGCUUGCUUCAAACCCCAAUGUCACAUAUAUUCCCGGCGGCGAAGGUGGGAAGGAAGGCGGAAAAGGCACCGGUCUUCUCCUUGGUUUGAGGUCAUAAAGCAGAGAAGCUUGCUAGGUGUUGGUGUGUUUGUUAUGACUGUAUAACAAGUAUCUGAUUCUCCCCCCCUUCCCCAAGCGAUGUAUUAAAGCUACUCUUCUAGUUUGUUUAAUUAUAUGGUCUCUUCUCAUCGAAGUCUUCCUCGUUUUGCUUGUUUUUGGAUGUUCUCCAUGCUUCUUCUGUUAUUAUUUUUACUGACAUUGCAGCUAUACCAUCAAACAUCCUACAAACCAUGCCCUUAUCUUUUACCAUGGAAGAAGAGGUAUGUUUCUUUCUGUCUCCUUAAAGACUUCACAUAUGUUAACAGCCACCUUAAAGUAUCAUAAAAUUUUCCCGGUAGAUGCUUCUGUCACUCUUUAUGUCACUGGUCCUUCCAAAUCCUAAAUACCCGCAAACAGUGCAAACCAGCACCUGCUCAGCCUAUGAUGAUAUUCAGAGUUCCAAAGAUGACACUUCAGAGACCGGAACCUUCUAACUUUUCCUCUGCCUAUAAAACCCAAGCUUUUCCCAAGGAAUAAAAAUUCCCUUCGAGCAAAUAUGAUACUGCUUUGCUCUACGUACAAUAUUCCAUAUAGAUCUCUAUCUUUGGGUCGUCUACCCCAGCAUAUCCCCUAUCCCUUGACUCUUUAUCACUGA